UGCCUGCCGCCCAGCAGCUAAGCUAAACCGUGUUGAGGAGUGCGUCAAGACACCCGAAUCCAAGAGGCGAGAGCGAAUCGAGAACGCUCGCGGUAGCUCGUUUCACUUCGUCGCGAUUACUCUCGUCUGCUGCGUCGUCCCACGUCGUCGACGCUGUUGCUGUCGUUGUGCGCUGCCCGCGGAAUACAGAUAAAGGAAGAGAGAAAGAGAGAGAUAUGAGACGACGCCGCGACUGAUAAGAAGAAGGAGUCAGGGAAGAACACGCUCGCGAAUCUCUUAGCUGCUGACGAUGCUGAUCGAAGACACGGAGCACCCCUCCCCGAUCCUGGCCGUCCCGCGGCCCCGCAGCAGCGUCUGGAACAGCGGCGGCUUGGUGAAGCUAAUAGGCGAGCUGCCGCAGCGUCAAGAGUCUCCGCGUGCGACGAGCGUGAAGACCAGCAGCAACGUUAACCAGAGCAGCAGCGAGAAGCAGCAAGGACAAAUCGUGCGCGAUCGCGUCGGCUCGGUCAUCGCGCGUCGAUCGAGCUAGUGGUAGCGAGCCACUCUCGAGCGAGCAAGAAGGGAGCAAACCGCCGAACCUGGAUUUAGCAGGUGGACGUUGCUCUCAGUCGGAAGGGGGGGCAGGGGGGUCGAACGAGUUGGCGCGGUCGGCGGCUGAGUGCACCAGCCGCUGCGCUAACGGUGACGAUCGUGACGCGCAGUGCCCUCCGCGCCAGUAGGAGGGCAGUCGAGGAGGCGAAGCGGUCGGGCCCCCCGCGCCUGAGCCAGCCCCUUGGUCGCAUCGCAUUGCUGGUGUGCCAAAGGGGGCCGGUGAGGGGGGUCGUGCGAGGUGCUUGCAAGGACGAGUACAGUCGCGCCAUUGUCCACGAGUAGCAGCGGCCUCGGCGACGGCACCGCGAGCAGCAGCCCGAAGGCUUGGGGCGGCAAAUCAUCCUCGGGCAGCCUCGUAGUCCUGGCUACCAACGGCAGCAACGGCAACGGCGGCGCAGGCGUGGCGUCGGCGGCGUCGGCGCAGGCGGUGCUGCCUCCCGCUGCCCACACCCUUGCCGAUCAGCAGCAGCACCAGCAGCCGGCUGUCCUCGUCGUCGGCGGCAGCAGCGACAACGCCAGCACCCACGACAUCAGCACCACCACCAGCACCAACAAUGCCAACUUCGCCACCUCCACCACCAAUUCCAGCAGUGCCAGCAGCCACAGCGCCACCACGCCGCAGAGACCCCAGCUGCAGCUGCCGCUCCAGCACGUGCACUCGACCGGCCAGCCUGGCCCUCCGCCGAGUGCUGCUCACGCUGCCGCCCAGCGACAGCACAGUCCGCCGCCGCUGCGGGACGGCGACCUUGGCUGCGGCUGGGCCAGCCACGUUUACCGACACCGUGACCGGACCUUCUCCAUGAGGAGCUUCCACCGACGCGUCUCCCAUCCUUGUCACGGAACAGAGCACCGGCAUGCCGCCAAGCACGAGAAACGUCCGUCGCAGAAGCUCGAGUCCUCCUGGCCGUUCUUCCUACUUGGCAAUGAGAGGGAGGGCGAAGGAGGAGGAGGAGGUGGCGGGGGUGGCCGCACUGGCUCUGCGAUCGGCGGCGCCGUCGGUGGCGGUGGCGGACAAGUCGGCGGCGGCGGCGGCGGUAACGUCGGUGGCGCUGGCGGUGGUGGCGGCGGCGGCGGCGGAGGGAGGCGGGCGCCAAGCCUGCGUCUGGUGAACGGACGCGCGGCCACUGGCGUUGGCCUUCACACCAGCAGCACCGAGUCCAUAAGGUCGCCUCAUCAUCACCUUGGCGCCUCGCACAACGGUGUCCACUACAAUCCCUCCGCCAAUCACUACGGCAACAACAACCAUCCCAGGCUCAACAAGGAUGACAGCAUCAAGAUCAGCAUCGAAAACACCAACACCUGCACCGACAGCCUCGUCACCGCGCUAGACGACGAGACCCUCCUCAUUACCGAUUUCCUUGGAGACACAGGCAACGAGAUGAAUUACAAGGGAAGCGGCAAGGUCCAUUUCGGGGUGGACGAUGUCUCCCUGUACGGCACGCCCAAGGAGGAGCUGGGCCCCGGUCUGCCCGGCCAGGAGGUCAAGCAGAGCUUCAUCAAGAACCAACUGCAGGCCUUGUUCCAGCCGACCGACAACAAGCUCGCCAUGAAGCUGUUCGGCAGCAAGAAGGCCCUCAUGAAGGAGCGCAUCAGGCAAAAGGCUGCCGGCCACUGGGUCAUACAUCCGUGCUCCAGUUUUCGGUUUUACUGGGACCUGUGCAUGCUGCUUCUGCUGGUGGCCAACCUAAUCAUUCUGCCGGUGGCUAUUAGUUUUUUCAAUGACGACUUGAGCACACGGUGGAUAGCCUUCAACUGCCUUUCCGAUACGAUAUUCCUUAUAGACCUCGUUGUCAACUUUAGGACCGGUAUAAUGCAGCAGGACAACGCCGAGCAAGUGAUAUUGGACCCAAAGCUAAUCGCGAAACAUUACCUCAGGACAUGGUUCUUUCUCGACCUCAUCUCCUCCAUACCGCUAGACUACAUUUUCCUCAUAUUUAAUCAAUUUCAGGAUUUCAGCGAGUCCUUCCAGAUUCUGCAUGCUGGUCGUGCCCUCAGGAUUCUGAGGCUAGCGAAACUCCUGUCACUCGUUAGGUUACUUCGAUUGUCGAGACUGGUGCGAUACGUCUCACAAUGGGAAGAGGUCUAUAUCCCCCUUUACCAACAGCCGGAGAGGCACUACGAGCGCCGGGCUACACCGCCCCAGCCAGACCGAACCAGCAAGAUAUUGCAGAACCUACAAAAAAAACGCACUGAGCGGAGGGGGCGCCUAAGCUCUGACAAUAUGAAUAAAAAGAAGUCUGGUUUCAGCAAAAGCGACCUUAUUUUUAAGUUCCUGAAUAUGGCGUCGGUGUUUAUGCGGAUUUUUAACCUGAUCUGCAUGAUGCUCCUCAUCGGUCAUUGGAGCGGUUGCCUGCAAUUCCUCGUGCCGAUGCUCCAAGGCUUCCCGAGCAACUCUUGGGUGGCCAUCAACGAGCUGCAGGACUCCUUCUGGCUGGAGCAAUACUCGUGGGCACUUUUCAAGGCCAUGUCGCACAUGCUGUGCAUAGGUUACGGGCGAUUUCCGCCGCAAUCGCUGACUGACAUGUGGCUGACGAUGCUCAGUAUGAUCAGCGGGGCAACGUGUUACGCUCUGUUCCUCGGUCACGCGACCAAUCUCAUCCAGUCGCUCGACUCCUCCAGAAGACAAUAUCGCGAGAAGGUGAAACAAGUCGAGGAGUACAUGGCCUACCGUAAGCUACCGAGGGAGAUGCGCCAGAGGAUAACCGAGUACUUCGAACACCGCUACCAGGGAAAGUUCUUCGACGAGGAGCUCAUUCUUGGCGAGCUGUCCGAGAAAUUGCGAGAGGAUGUCAUCAAUUACAACUGCAGAUCACUGGUCGCGUCCGUGCCGUUCUUUGCCAACGCGGACUCGAACUUUGUCUCGGACGUCGUUACGAAGCUCAGAUACGAAGUCUUCCAGCCAGGUGACAUAAUCAUAAAGGAGGGCACGAUCGGCUCCAAGAUGUACUUCAUCCAGGAGGGCAUCGUCGACAUCGUGAUGGCGAACGGAGAGGUGGCGACCUCGCUGUCGGACGGCUCGUACUUUGGCGAGAUUUGCCUGCUGACGAACGCGAGGCGAGUCGCGUCGGUGCGCGCCGAAACCUACUGCAAUCUGUUCAGCCUGUCCGUGGACCACUUCAACGCUGUGCUCGAUCAGUACCCGCUGAUGCGCCGUACCAUGGAGAGCGUUGCCGCCGAGAGGUAUAAGCUUUGGCUGAACAAAAUCGGCAAGAAUCCGAAUCUGGUUGCCCAUCGCGAGGAGGACCUUGGCAGCGAGUCCAAGACCAUUAACGCAGUGGUGAACGCUUUAGCUGAGCAGGCGACCCAUGCGAGCGCCAGCGAGGAAUCGGUCCACAGCAUGGAAUUGAGGUCGCUGCCAGCGGGACUGCUGCCGCGGCCGAAGUCGGAAAGCAACUUCGCGAGCCAGGAGCUGAAAAGCGAAAACCGUAGGAUAUUCCACAAGAGCGACACCUUCCACAAGGACUCGUAUCAAUGACGACACUCCUGCUAGCCCGUGGAGCGGUACUAAAGUGCUUUCACGGGACUCGACCACGUGCGUUCAAAUCCCCCCUCCCCCUCCUCCUCCAAGCGGAAUCACAGAGAUGCUAGAUGGAAAUCUUUUGGUGCUGUGAACUAUAAAUACGCGCGUAUAUUUUUUUUCGUUCGUCAUGGCGCAAGAAAUUUAGCUCUCCCAGGACGUAUUACAAUUGACAGAAGCUGAAAAACACAUGAAUAACUUAACCGACGUGGGAGUUCCGUGCGAGCGUUCUUUCCUCUCCCGAAACGCGAACGGAAGAGGAACGAACACAUCUUUAGUACUGCUGAAGCCUAUCAAGCUCUUCGUUUGAUUGUUGAAACGAACAAACAAGCAAACAAACAAACCUUUGUAAAAAGUAAUAUCGCCAAAAGAGAGAUAGAGAGAGAGGGGCAGGGAGGGGAAGGAGGGGAGGGUGGGAGAGAGAAAACGUAAAAAGAAGUGCGUGAGAUUCGGUUGAAAGUGCACGAUGCGAAAAUAGAGACGAAAGACUCUUUGACUUUUUUUGUUGGAUUGCAGAGCAUUGUGAGAGAGAGCUUAUCGGAGCGUGUAUACCUGAUAAUGAAAAGUUCGAAAAGGUGGUGUUACGUUGUCUGUUAUUAGGAUAUAUAUAUAUAUAUAUAUAUAUAUAUAUAUAUAUAUAUAUAUAUACAGAUAAAUAUAAUGUAAAACUCUUAGCAGAUGAAAGGUUAACAAAAAGAUAAUUAAAAUAUAACUGACGCACGAUUUUCUAUUAAAAAAAAGAUAAAACAAAACAAGCGAUAUAAUAAUAAUAUAAAAGCAAGUUGACAAAGCUACGGAUAAGACAAGGCAGUUGUAGUUUUUAUUUCCAAGGAACAAAACUUUAUUCUUGAGUAGCAAAAAAGCGUAACGAUACAGACUUCUGUACAAUAAAAGGAAAGGGCGUUUCCAUAGGCUAACACAAAUAAAAACCUACCGUGUGGGGGAGGAAGUGACGUAUGCUUGCAAUUGAUAUUUGUAUACGUGGAUUUUUAACGUCUUCGAUUGGAAUUGUGCAUUUUUAUGCGGCAAGUUUGGCCCUUCUGCUUUUCUCCACUUUACAUUCCGUUGUUUAGGAAAUUUGUUUUGCGGUAACGUCGAAUACUUCAACGUACGAAUGUCAAUUGUAAACAUUAAAUUGUAGAACAAAAACUUGAAGUCUGAAAGACUGUUAAGAUUUGAGGAAAAAGCAGGUAUUAUACACGCGAUGUCAGAGAGAUGUCAAAUCUUGAAAGAAAGGAAAGAAAAAAGUGAGAGCCCAAAGUGAACUGUUGUUAUCUUGUUGAGUGCUCUUUGGGCUCGUGAGAAAGUCGCUGAGAGCACGGUGAGCGAAGUCUUUAUAUACCUACAUUACGAACGAAUGCGAUGUACUGUAAAAUACGAGGGAAAACAAAUUUAAACAGAACAAAAAAACUAUUAGACGAUGCGAUUACUACUAUAAAUACUAUAAAUAUGAUGAAUUUAUUGUUACUAUUAUAAUUGCAAUGAUUAAUAGAACAUUAACUGCAUUAUUAGACGAAUUAUAAAUAUAUUCAUACAAUAUUAUAUUCUCAGCAAAAAUAAUAUUUAUAGUCGGUGAAGACUAAGUUAUUCCUGGUUGAAAGUUUGCGUCAAAUUUAUCGAACGAGCCGUUGACAAAAACAUAAUUGUUUAUUUUUGACGAGAGAUACACGUGUAAAACAAAGUGAUUGACAUUGACGUAGCAAUAAUAUCAAAAAGGAGAAACCGAAGUGACGGUUUUCGUUCAACUUUUCUUUCGCUGACGUGUUCUAAUAGGUAGAUAAAUUAGACAAAGUAUUAUUUCUGUGAACGAAUACUUUUCACGUACUGUUUUUUUUCACGGCUAGAAGUUUUUGUAACAUUAGUUCGCGUAUUGAGUUUCUUAUGCAAGACAUUUUAUUUUAGGAUAACAAAGGAAAGGGGGAAAGAGCGUAAGAGUGCUUUCUUCAUUUCUGGCAUGCAGUGCAUUCAUACCUAAUAAGAAUACAAUAUAACUUGCAUAUAAUGUAAAUACGUCUUAUACGAGAUAAAAAAAAGAAACACUUAAGAAUUCGCACGCGUAAUGAGAAGAAAAAUGAACACUUAUACAUAUGUAAACAUACUUACGAGUAUCAGAGUAAGCAAAUUAACAAUGUCUAUUUUUUUGUUCGUCUUCGUAGAGCAAAAAUGAUAGGUCUUAUUGCCUUUAUUUAUCGUAUCCCUGAAUUUGCCUUAAAACAUUUGAAAACACUUCGAGAAAAAGAAAAUAAACGUACGUUACGUAUUGCAUAAAACAAUUAAAUGAGUAAUAAAAACAAUCUACUAUUCUACUAAUAUUUUAACUGAAAUCAUUUCGAAAACGGAUAUAUCGAUCGCGCAAUAAAAAUGAACUCUAUAGUUUCUAAAAAAACUUGUACGAUGAAAAUAGGAGAUUACUGCUACAGUAUAUAGUCAACAAUUACUAAUUUUAAGAAAUAUUCUGCAGUCUUAUUUAUCGAAAGCGACGAUUUUGCGCAAUUUUAAAUGCUACAAUUAACAAAAAAAAGGAGGAUGGAAUAACUUUGUAGGCCAAGUAUCAUCUAUAGUGAUUUAGACAUAAAUGAAACAAACAAAACUCCCAAGUAUUAACUGAGUGCAAAUGCCGAGCGUGUAAAUUUUGGCUGCGAGGGAUUGGUGAAAGAGACAAAAAUAUCUUUUUCUAUAAUGCAAGCGCGAACGUGAUACAUAACAAGCUCGAAAACUGGAAAUGUCUAAAAUAAAUAAAUAAAUAAAUAAAUAAAUAAAUAAACCUUGCAUAUCAGAAAAUUAUUCGAAAAUUAUUAUCAAGCAUGAUUAGCGUUCGUUCGCUAUUUAGAAUCGAAAAUAAAUGCACUUUUCUGUAACUAUCACCGUAUAAAUUCAAACUGAAUUUUAUCUUCACUCCCGAUGAUAAUUCCAUUUCCAGUUUUCUAAACUUAUUGCAAAGUAUAAAAACUUCAUGCAUGGCUGAUUAUCCUGCUGUACGGCUGCGUUUCAAACAGUAAAACCAUGUUUAUGAUUAUAUUCGUGCAAUUGCUGAACGGAGCUUUUCUCAUAGUGAAAUUUUCACACUUCAGUUUUCAGUCGGCAGCAGCAUCUUAACAGCAAAAUAAAAAGAAAUCAAUUAUAAAUCCAAAAUACUUCCGCAUCAGUGAAAACGUCAUCUGAAAUAGUAAUACAAAACUAAUAAAACGAGACUAAUCGAUUGCAAUAACCUCAUCACUGCGACUUGAAAAUUGAAGUCUGAAAAAGCAAGUACAAUACGACAUACGUACUAUUCCGUUUCUCGCGUUCAUAUAUAGUGAGAGCGAAUGAGAAAGAGUGUGAGUCCAGUUGUAGUACGCCUUAAAAGAGAAAAAGGAUAAAAAAGUGAACAAAUAAAACGAUCACCCUAGUGUCAAUUUUCUACGAGACGAUUGUAGUAUAUUGUACGUGUGAUGCCGGGAUUUUGCAGCAAAAUACAAAACAAAAAACUAAAGAAAAACAAAAGCGCACACGUAUGAUGAAUCCCACAUAUGGCUUUUAUAGCAACGACGGUGUAAGCGCGUGAAUAUGCAUUUAAAUAGGCACUGUGGGGCUAUAGAACAAUUUAGAUAGAUCGUUUUAUCAUUCGUAGUUGGUAUAUCCUCGCCAUCGUUCUCUUCGUUGAUUUCGUCGUAGCGGAAAAUCUAAAAAAAGCAGAAAAAAAAGAAAAAAAAAAAGAAAAAAAAAGAAAAUGAAAGUCAUUUAAAAAACAAGCGAGGUGCGAGUUUUAGAUUAUAUGUAAAUAACGACCAUUUGUAAAAUUAUCUCGCUGAUACUGUUUGCUUCGUCGGUAAUCCUAUGGGAAGAAAUUGAAUGUUGAAUCAAGUUCCUAGAUUGAUUGAAUUUAGACGAUUUAUUUUUAUGCGACAAUUAUAUUCUAUCGAUCGAAUCUACUAUCUGUUACUGCGAAUUUACGCAAAUUGAAUUUAGCCUUCCACUGAUCCUGAAUUAGCAUAACUAUUGCGAAUCGCGCUCCCCGAAAUACAAUUCCGUUGCAUUUCUCAUUACCGGACAUGUCGCGCGUCGAAAAAAAAAAUAAUUGCACGUUUAUUUGUAGUCUCUCCAAUACUCACUCCAUUCUCAAUAAGAAAUUAACAAUAGAAUUCAUAAUCACGCGCCUACACUGCGAAAGUGUUCGGCAAGCGGCUGUUGAUACAAUUAACGACAAAGAGAUGGAUAUAUAAAUAUCAAUUAUUCGCUAUAUAUUUAAUACUUUGUUAAUCGAGCUGGCGUAAGUUCACUUGUUCUAUGGAAUUUAUUUUUCUAGCGAGCGAGAGAAAGUUUGCGUGAGAUGUGCGAGAAUGCCUAUAUUCUGUGUAUAAAUCUAUUGACAUCGAAGUGCGGCGCGAGCGUCUUCGUUUGUAUAGUGCGACGAGAGAGAAAAAGCAGCCUAUGUAAAAAAACGCGUAACGAAGAGACGACGAUAAUAAGAUUAUUCGUAUAAAUUGACUUCUCAGUUUUCUUGAUACUCGCUGUUCGGCGUAACACUUCGCUGUCGUUGUUUUCAUUCAAUGAAAAUGUGUAUUUUUCAUUUAUGUUGGAAGGACAAAUAUAUAAACGAGUUGAUAUUUUUAUAAAAGUAUUGCGUAACGUAGGAUGAUGAUUAUUUUACUGCAACCGUUAAAAAUCCAUGUUUUGAAUAUUAUGUAGAAAUCAAGAAAAGUGGGAUGUCAUUUUUCACGGGCAGGUGUAAGGCAAAAACUACUAUGAUAAUGUAUUUUCUGUCUUUACUAUCACAAAAAACUAUAUGAAAGAGAAUUUAGUUUAUAUAUAUUCAAAGCGUUACAUUUUCUUUAUUCGGAAGAAAAAAAACACAGAUAUGUUGAUGAAAAAAGGGAAUAAGAAGAUAAACAAGUUUCAAGCAUAUGUCCUGAAACCAGCAAUUUUAAAUAUACUUGCCAUAAUGAAUGCCUUAGCGAACAUAAUGUAUUGUACACAUAAAGUAUGAAAAAAAAAUUGAAAAGUAUAUAUAGGGUUACGUAUUAAAAAAAAAACUUUCAUGAAACCGCAGAAGCAAACGUUGACAUGAAUGAGCGGUGAAAAAAAACGAACGUAUGUCUGUACGUUUUCUUGUAAAUAUUAGACAACAAAUAAAAAAAGAAAUCUGAGUCAAGAAUACACUAGUGAACUACAUAUUGAAUAUACCAGUUUUCAGUUACGUAUAUUUGAUAUGUAAACACGUAGACAACAUGAGACGCAAAAAUAAAACAAGAAUUAUAACAAAAUAAUAAAAAAAUAAAUAAUAAGCACACUAUACAGAUGAGUUGAACUUUUUAGAGUGAGUCAUGUGAGAGAAGUUUCUCAGUGAGAAUUCACCUCUGUUCUUUUUCUAAGCAAAUGGAUAUAUAAUGUAAUUAAAUAGUAAAAAAAGUAUAAAUCCGAGUUCUUUUCACCGAAAAAAAAUCGACGCUGCCGACAGUGUAAAACCACUCGCUUUAUCGACUUUUUCGUAGUCGGCUUUUCUCUUUUUCUAUAUAAAUAAAAAAGUGGGCAAAAUAAGUGACAAAAAAAGAUGACGUAAAUAAUACCAAGAGGAAAUAAAAACUUCGUUAAACUCGUUCGAAUGCGUUAGUUAGACAAAAAAAAAAGAAAAUGAAAAAUGAUGAAAAGUAUAUAUAUUACGAGAGAGCGCGAACAAGCGUAGAAGUAUACAAAAAAAUCACAGAAACACUUACGAUUUAUCAAGUAGCGUGCGAUUUCGCUCGAUCACGCGUAUUAUAUAAAUAAUUAUACAUAAAGGAAAAACAGAACGAGACACAAGGGCAAAGAGCGCGUUGGAAAAACGGUCGAGAUGUCACGAAGCGAUGUUUUCGAAUUAACCCUAAAUAAGAACUUCGAGCAAAGGCGUCGUUUUGUAAUCUUCUAAAUUUUAAAACAAACCUAAGUCAACAAAAGGCAGAACGAACGAACAUUUGCAGAAAAGUGAACGUUCUCCAAAGUUUGCGAGCAAAUAAUGACAAACAGACCGAUGAUGAGGAAGCGAGCGAGUACUGUAUCCAUUUACCGCGUUCCGCUGUUCUUAUAGAAAGCUUUCGGUUUUAUCAGUGAGACCAGAGAAAAAAAAGAAUAAGCUUUGGUCGUUUGUGGUGCUGAAUUGUUUUUGCCGCGGCCGCGCGUUCACGGUGUAAUCCAAGCUUAGCCGAUAAAGCUUCGUUAUCCGCGACGUCAGAAUUCAUCGCGGGAUUACUCGUUUGAAAUACCGAAGCUCGUUGGAAAAAUUAAAGAAACGAAGAGAAGGGUCGUUGGCCGCGCAUUAGAUUGAAGUAGCCUUAGAGCUGAAAUGAGAUCGAUCUUUUGUCUCUGCUCUUUUUAAGCUGCGAGUCCGAGGCUUUUACGCGUCCGGGAUUAAUUAAAAAGAAUGGUUUUCGACAACGAGGGAAUUCUCUCUCUCUCUCUCUCUCUCUCUCUCUCUUACUUUCUACCUCUCUCUUUCUCUCUCCUCGCUCUUUUCCAACCCCAUACGACGACAAGAGUGGACUUUUUAAUUAAAAAAUUUUUCCAAGCGCAGCGCAUGUGUCUCUGAUUUUUCCACGUAGAACUUGAUUUCUCAUCGUUAUUAAAACUUGCGCGAAAACAACAAGCGACAGCUUUCAAAAUUGGCUUAAAUCCUGAAAUUCACCCAUCCAGUAAAACGCUUCUUUUAUUUCUUCCAUUCCUUGUAUUGUUUUUUUUAUAAUAAAAGCGUAUUCACGAAUAAUUUGAAAUGAAAAUUUUUCAAAAUUUAUCUUUGGUAGACGACGAUAUUCUGCGCACAAACAUUAUUCAGCUUACCAGUGUCAACGAAAUUUAAUAUGAAGCUUUUGAGCUUUUUAAUGAAAGCUUGCAUUAUUUGAUGAUAAUAGUAUGGCAAAAAAAUAACAUAAAAUAAAAAAAAUUGUUACGUAUGGUUGGACUUAUCUGUACAGACAGCGGAGUGCAGUAAAUUGCAGAUAAUGAUAUUUUUUAUCAAAAGUGCUCAGCGAGGUCCAUACUGACUCAGUCACUUACUCAUCAUUCACUCACUCAGAACAUCUACUAUGAAUAUGUGCUUUAUAUAGUUUAACAAAAUAAAAAAUUGA